CUUAAUAAACAAUGUACACCUUCACAUAAGUGUUACUCAAAAAGGAUGACAAGAAAUCGGAUAUCAUAUUCAUUCAUAAAAGAUGUACAGCUGAUCUAUUGAAUGGGAUAAUAAUAAUUUGUCAUGGACUCUUAUUAUUAUGAGGAUGCGAUGAUGUCAAAAAAACGCUUCUUAGAAAAUGACCAACAAAGAGACAGAAUCAUAUAAAAUGGAGUGAAGGAGGUCCAAUAAUUAUCAGUCGUUAUUAAGAUGUUUAGGCUAUUGAUCACAACCAUCGCAAUAGCAAUAAUGACUGAAGGAAUUCCUAUAUCCAACUAUCCAUUCUUUGAUCCAUCAAUCGAGACUGAUAACAAUUACGAACAGGAUUUCAAUGGUAAUGAAAUAUUUAACAUCAUUGACGACAUGCAAUUCAACUCUUUGGAACCAAUAUCACCACAACUUAUUGACAAAAGAGAUCGGAGUCAUACAGUACCGUGUGGAUGUCCAUAUAAUAUAGAAUAUGUGCAUUUAGGUCCUAAUGCAUAUCCUAAAAAAUAUAAGACUAAAGUUUGCGAUAGAAAUCAAAUCAAUAAACGGAGAUAUUGCAACUUUGGUGCAAGAUGUAAAGAAUUUUAUUAUGAGGUUCGCUAUUUAGUUCCAAAGAUCACCGAUGGAAGUGAACACUUGCCUGCGGAAAUUAACAGCAUUUAUGGAUGGGUAUCCAAAAAUAUCUCAAUUGAUUGCCGAUGCCUGCACUAGAAAAAAAAAACAUAUUUUGACAACGCUUUGAAAAUUGACAACCCAAAAAUACUCAAUGUUGCAAAAACUGCAUUAAGUGCAUUCAAAAAAUCUUAAAAAACAUUUUACAUAACAUACAUUACAUGUGGACUGGAAAGAAAUAACGAAAGAGAGCCCAUAAAUUAUUUCAUAAAAGGUCCUGAUAAUAUAAAAAUUGGCUGGAUAUAAAAAAGAUAUUAUGAAGAUCAAAAUAAAUGUACUGUCACUUUUAACUUUGAUUGUGAUAAAACCAUC